UCCUACGUAUGAACGAUUUAUGACAUAAGAAUGAAAAAAAAUAUACAGGUGAAUGACACACCUGGUAUACAUAUGGAACCCAAACGAACGACAUUUUAACUAAUUGUGAAGUGCAACACGGGAUAUUACGAAUGAUUAUACAGGUGACAUUACUGUGUAUAGUAUGAUAAACUGAUUAUAUUUGGAAAUAUCAACACCAUAUUUUACAGUGAAAGUGCAGACGUAUAUUACCCCAAACUUAUCCACAGUCAGAGGCGUUGUUUUUCUGAACUGAAAUGAGCCAACCAAGAUGAGAAGGCUAGCAACUUGCAGCUUGGCAACAAGACCUCUGAUUGCAAAGGAUUUGUUGGAUAUUGCAAAGGGCAUUCCGAGAUGUAUUUUUUGGCGUUUAAUCGAGGAGACGACGCGAUGAGGAUGAAGAUUACUGUGGAACCGAUAGUGUUCAUGUACAACAUUGCAUACACUGUGCAGUUGAGUUUGCAACAAGAUUUCAUAUUUGCGCGUUUGUGCAAUGAACACUACUCUGCGCAGAUGUGCGACAACUGGUGGCUGGAGAAAAAAGUGGCGUGGGUGGAACGAGCGGCGGUUCGGAGGGUCAUGUGGAUGAGCAUAACCACAGGACUUGUUGCUGUAUUUGCGUCCCAGCUUCUCGGCGCAGCUCUCGAUAAAUACUCUCAGAAACUAGUGAUGCUGGCACCCUUCUUUGGCUCCCUGGCACUGAGUGUGGUGUGCCUCGUCGUAGCAGCUGUGCCCACCGCUUCCUUGGAUCUCCUGUACAUUGGUGCAGCGAUCAACGGUGCCGCGGGAGGCUUUGUCGUGUUUAAGGCCUCGGUAUCGACAUACAUCGUCGGCAUAUCCGCAGCAGAGGAAUGGACCGAUAGACUGUCUAUCGUGGAGUCUAUGCUGUUCCUCGGCAGCGCUGUGGGUCCCCUCGGUCUUCAGUUCCUCAUUCUCUACUGCACGACGUAUCAUUCGCUGCUCUUUCUUGGAUGCGAGAUCGUCGUCGCUAUGGCCAUCGUCUACAUCAUCGCGCUGUUGCCAGAUCACAAAUACAACUCGCCCAAGCCUAAUUCGCACAACACUGAGAACAACAACACCCAAAGCAUAAAUAACAACACUAAUUCGCAGAACACAGACAACAACAACACCCAAUGUGUAAAUAACAACACUAAUUACGAAGCCAUUAGCGAUACUACUUUUAAUCCUUCUUCUUCUUCUUGUUCUUCUUGUUCUUGUUCUUGUUCUUCUUGUUCUUCUUGUUCUUCCCGGUUUGUCAUCAGAUUCAAGGUCUUCUUCAGAGGGCUUAGCGAUGCCUUCAGCGCCACCUUCAGGAGACGCGCCGCUGGAGUGAGGUUGGCCAUUGUGGCCUUGCUCUUGGCGGAUUUUUUCAUUGCAAUUGUCUUCGCUGCUGAAUUCGACCUCCUGUACCUCUACAUGCAAGACCGCUUUGGCCUCACGCUGCCCGAGUACUCACGCUACCUCGGCAUCAAGAAUAUCGUAAACGGAAUCUCUCUCCUCAUCAUUUUACCUUCCAUGAGGCGGUUCUUCGGCCUGAGUGAUGUCGCGUUGGGCAUUCUUGGCGGGCUGUCUAGGGUCGCCGCGUUCCUCCUGCUGGGGUCGACGUCUUCGGGGAGACUCGUGUAUUUGGUGCCAUUCCUCGAUGUCUUCGGACAAUAUUUGUUUGUUGUUUUACGCUCUGUCAUUUCUUCUCUUGUGGACAAAGAGGAACAAGGUCGUGUCAUGACGAUCGUGUCAGCAAUGGCUCAGCUGUCCUUGUUAAUGGGGUCGCUGAUCUUUGAUAUGCUUUAUCCUAUCUUUGUUUCCCUCAAUCUUCCUGGAGCGACCUUCCUCUUGGCUGCGGGUUGCCUAGGAACUUCCACAAUUAUUCUUGGAUACGUGAACUGGCAUCUCAAGAGAGUAAAGAACUGUGAAGAGCUUCGACCUCUAAUUCAACCAGUGGAGUAGAAUAUGAUUAGUGUAAAUUAAAAUUUGUUUGUAAACAUUGAGAGAGAAAGAAAUAGUUCUGUCUUCAAUGUUGAAAAAUGAUGUUUAAGUCCAGAGAGAAAGAAAGAAAUCUUCUUGAAGGAGAAAAUGAUGUAUAAAUCCAGAAAGAAUGAACACUCAUUUUUGGAUGUUGAAAUGUGAUGUAUAAAUCCAGAGAGAAAGAAAUUGUUCUUUGAUGUUGAAAAAGGAUUUAUUAAUCCAGAGACAAAGAAAUGGUUGAUUUUUUAUGUUUAAAAAUUACUAUGAAUGUUAUCUACAUUUUUUUGUCUUAUUUCAGCAUUCCCUAUCAGUGAAUUGUAUAUUUAUAUUGCUGACUGUGUAAGUUGUAAAUAUACCUAACUUUAAUAUGAUUUUAUAUUAAAUAUUUUUUUUU